UUUAUCUCAAAAUUCUUACUUUGAUUAGGUAUUUGAUUGAUACUCUCCAAAGAAACUUUUAUUUUGAGACUCAAACAGAAAAUUCGAAAAUCAAAUGUCAGGAGCUCAGUGUUGUGAGAAUCCACCCGCUCCAAGCUCAGGAAGUGGAAGUGGGAAAGUUGAAGAAAUUGGAGGCCUUAGCUCCUAUGUUUCUGGCCCUGCUGAUUCCAACGCUGCUGUAAUUUUGAUUUCUGAUGUUUUUGGAUAUGAAGCUCCAAAUUUAAGGAAGCUUGCCGACAAAGUUGGGGCUACUGGAUUUUAUGCCGUGGUGCCAGACUUCCUCCACGGAGAUCCCUAUGUACCUGAACAGAAGCCGAUUACUGAAUGGAUUAAAAUUCAUGGACCUGAUCAAGGAUUUGAAGAUGCAAAGCCAGUUAUUGAAGCUCUUAAAAGCAAAGGGAUAACCAAGAUUGGAGCUGUCGGCUUCUGCUGGGGAGCCAAGGUGGUUGUGGAGCUGUCUAAGUAUCCUUAUAUCCAAGCCGGGGUGUUGAUCCAUCCUUCUCUCGUCUCGGUAGAAGAUAUUCAGGGAGUUAAGGUCCCAUUAUCAAUACUUGGAGCUGAGAUUGACCAUAUAUCUCCACCGGAGGUUGUCAAACAAUUUGAAGCUGCCUUGAACUCCAAGCCUGAGGUGGAUAGCUUUGUGAAGAUAUUCCCAGGAUGUUCACACGGUUGGUCUGUGAGGUACAAAGACGAAGACGAAGGAGCAGUGAAGAGUGCUGAGGAGGCUCACAAAGACAUGCUAGAGUGGUUCAUUAAACAUCUCAAGUAAAUUUGCAUCACCAUUUUAUUGUUUCUCUGUCUACUGUUAGCAGCUUGUAAUAUACCAAUAAUCUGUGAUGAAUUUGUUGUUACUGGAAUCUUGAUGUUUUGGGGGGAAAUAAUGUGAGCUUUUGUGUAACGCAAACCACGUAUUACAAUAUUUAAGUUUAUUUGUUGUUGUCGGACUUA